AUGGAUGAAUCAAGUGAUCAAGAAGAGCCUGAAUUUUGGGAAGAUGUCUUGAUGGAAGAUCUACUCUGUGAUGUUGAAAGUAGAGUCCCAUGUCCAGAGCCUUCUGGAAAGCAGACCAGAACCCAGAAGUUAACUGCAUUAGUACAGUGGCUUGUUUAUUUUAUUCUGAUGUGGCAGUCACUAUGUAAACUCAGUGACAAUGGGUUGGAAUGGCUUCUACAGUUUCUUUUCCAGUUUUUUAAAGUGCUUUCUGAUUUGUCUGGCUGUGAAUACCUUGAAGAGCUGUUAACUAUACUUCCCUCAUCACUGUACCUUCUUCGCAAGUUUGCAAGUUUUGACCGUGACAACUUUGGCAAAUAUGCUGUUUGCUCCAAGUGCAGUAAACUUUAUGACAUGAAAGACUGUACAGAAUUUGACCAUUGA